AUGAGACGGAAGCAGAAGCCGUCGCGGACGGAUUUCGGCGGAUUGGACGGCGGCGGCGACGAACGCGCGGAGGACGGCGCGAACGUGCGCGAUGUGAUGGUCCCGAACGCGGUGGUGACGUUCGAUGGGAUAAAAUCAGAGGGUGGCGGGCGGAUGGAGCACUCGAAGGCGCAUCCGAGGAUGUUAAAGAGUAACGCGACGAGUCACGUGUGGCCGCUCGGUGCGAUUGCCGAGCUCAUCGAUAACGCGCAGGACGCCGAGUGCGGUGCCACAGCAGUACACGUGGAUGUUAUCGAUUUAGACGUGCACUUCGUGAAGAACCCCGACAAUUAUCGCGCCAUCAUCGUUCAGGAUGACGGCGUAGGAAUGAAUCGACGCCUGCUUCACGGGAUGCUCUCCUUCGGGUUCAGCGACAAGGAACACAAGUCUGGGAACGUCGGGAGAUUUGGUAUCGGGUUCAAGUCUGGAUCGAUGCGAUUGGCAAAGGAUGUGCUUAUUUUCACUAAGCGUGAAGGUUAUGCACACGCGGCGUUUCUCUCGCAGUCCUUCUUGGAUGGCGAGGGUUACGACGACAUUCUCAUUCCGAUGUUUUCAUGGAGACACGAGCGCGACGCAGUGACGGGGAAAAUGGUGUACGUCGCAACCGAGCCCGUUGACACAAAGAAGUGGGAUGAUCAUAUGUCCGUGAUUUUUAAGUAUUCCUUCGCCAGGACGGAGGCGGAUCUCUUGAAACAGUUGGACAAGAUUUCGGGGAAACACGGCACCCGCAUCGUGCUCUUCAACCUGCGUGACCCGCCAGAACUGGAUUGGAGCUUCACGGAUGAUAUUCGUCUCGUCGGGGCAUUUCAUGAUAGUGGAGAUAUGAGUGGGUCGAGACGCGACGGCGGGCGCGGACCUGUGUUUCAACAAACGCGCGAAGGUCAGCAGCAGUCGCUCGACGUGCCGGAGGAUUACAGUCUUCGAGCGUACAUGGAGAUUCUCUACUUAGAGCCGCGGUGCACAUUCACUCUGCGCGGCAAGAAGGUCGAAACGCGCCAUCCGAUCACAUCUAUGCUUAAGGAAGAGUACUAUAUAUUUCCACCAUACAAACCGAGAGGUGCGGAGCACUCCCCCUUCAUCUUUCACAUGGGCUACGCGAAGGAAAGCACUUCUCACUCGAAGAAGUGUGGUUUCCAUAUUUACAACAAGAACCGAUUGAUUCGAUUGUACCAGCGAUUUGGAUCGCAGUUGCAGGCAAACACUAUGAUGAAGGAUCUUCUCGGCGUCAUCGAAGCGGACGCGCUGGAGCCGACGCACAAUAAGCAGGCAUUCAGGGAGGUUGACGUGCUGUACCAGAAAUUCAAGAAGCAAAUCGUUGAGUGUAUGAAAGAUUACUACUUUGGCAUUCAGACGAAACGCUUCGCUGGUGGAGGAGGACGAAAAGAUGAUGGUCGACGCACGAAAAGCAAGAAGGCGACGAAGCGUAAAAAAGUGCUCCGAGGGAAGAAGCCGAACGGAUCCGGUGCGGUGAGUUCAGAUGAAAACGGCGACGCCGACAACGAGCAAGUUGAGCCACGUCAAACAUCAGCGCGUAGAGGUCGCUCCGCGACGCCCCAGUCGCGAAUGCAGUCGAUUCAUCGCAUCAUUAUGACCAACAAAAAUGCGUAUAUGUUUCUCAAACCCGUCGAUCCAGUUUAUUGGGAGAUUCCCGAUUACUUCGACGUGAUUAAAAAUCCGAUGGACCUCGGGACAAUCAUGACCAAACUUGAGAAACGUGAGUACGAAAACCAGCCGAGUGCGUACGCAGCGGACGUUCGCCUCGUGUGGUCAAACGCGAUGACGUACAACAAAGAAGAAGAACCCGUGUAUAAGAUGGCGCGCAUCAUGUCGAGAGAGUUUGAGUAUCAGUGGUCGUCAAAAUUUUUAGAACUUGACCUCACCUCCACGAAGAUAGAGGGUGCAGCCGAAGAAGAGGAGGAGUCUGAUGAAGACGAGUACGAAGAUGUCAAAUCUCCCGCGUCUGUUGUAGAACGGCCGAGUAGAAAACGUCAGAUUGUUGAAGCUAUGGGCGACGGAGAAGCGAAGGAAGGCAAGCUCCCUGAAAGUCGAAACACACCUAGACUGUUGCAGAACAACGUGGUGGCAUCCUCCGCAUCCGAUAAGAGGCACGAAAAACCCGGUGUGCCGAUGCGAUUCGUUCGUGUUCCGAAUGCACUGACGUCUAUCAUGGACGAAAGUUACUUCAAGAACAUUGAGGACACCUUCUUGCGACUAGAGCAGGAACUCGCCGAGGAGCGGGCAAUGAACGCGCGCAUCAUUGACGAAAAUCUCAAGCGAGGCGUGAACAACUCGGAAACGGUGAGUGUAGAAGAAUUAGAAACAUAUGCAGAUGAACUCGCGAGAUUACGCGAGCGCGUUAAAGUGUACGAAGACUUGCUCGAGGAAGAGCGUGGGAGAACUCGCAACCUUGAGGAGCGAAUCGAGAAGCUUAAGGCUGAGAAGCAGGCGCUAAAAGAGAAGAGGAACAAGAGUAAAUCUGGUGGGGGAAGUGGAGGUAGAGAAGGAGGUUGGCGCACUAGGCGUGCGACCGGAGUCCCGGCGAUUGACGAAGAAACUGAGAAAUUGUACCAGUACUGCGAGAGGAAUUGUCCGUACGAAGUCAACGUUGGUGAAGUUUUGAAGGAUUGGAAAGUGCAUAUUUUUGAGCGUAAAGGAGGCAUUCACGCUGGUGCGUUUUAUAACGAGUAUGUCUCUCCGGAUGGCACAAAGUGCCGCUCGAUGAAAGAGGUGGUGGCGUAUCUCACCAACGGUACGAUCGCAAAGGAUCAAGCACCGAUGGUUGAGGUAAAGGCUGAUCCGAAAGUCACCGAUACGACCGCGGUUCCUCAGACGCAACCGCCAGAAGAACGUGAGGCAGAGCGGACAGUGACGGCAUUCUCGAACGAAAUGUUUCCAAAGACGGAGUCACCGACAGGAGUGUCCGCUGAGGCGAGAGAACAGGCUCCCGAGCAGGCGCCACCGAAAGCACCGUCCCCCGCCACAUUCGACACCGAACAGCCCGUCGACGCCCUCUCAAUGGAUGUUCACGCCGUCACUGCGCCCAUGGACGUGGACACCGUGAUCAUAAAUUAA